GCCGUUCUUUGUUGUCACGGUCCAAAUUUAUCCCGGAAUAAGGAAAGCACGCAUGUGCCGUGAACCCGGAUGUAUCCAGGACUUUGAAUAAAGAACAAAAGCGUCGGGUUGAAAAAGGAUUAGGAUUGUUGAUGAAAAAUAAAGGAUUUAGAGCGUUCCGGUUCGGGUAAUGUAUUGGUGCACGGUUUAGAUGACGGAUGAUUGUAAAUCACAUGUUAAACAGCAACUAGUUUUCAUGCAUUUACCAUCUGCUAAGCAAACGCUGCGCCGUAUCCAUGCAUGAACACUGUAGUAACAACCAAACAUCAAAACUAUAAGUUAAUACAAAUCGUAUCACCGCGAUGCAUUUAAUACACGUGUACGGUAAAAAGUAUGAACGCGGCAGCAACUGGUCCGAGCCAGAAGUGCUCGAACUUUUGCAAAUCUGGUCGGACGUCACGGUCCAAACCGAGCUGGUGACCUGUCUCCGAAACCAGCACGUUUUCAACCGAAUCGCGAACACCCUUCGACAAAAAGGCAUUAAUCGGACCGGCGAUCAAUGCAGGGAGAAGAUCAAGAAGUUAAAGUUGGAGUACAAACAGAAGACGCUGAGAUCCGCGCGCUAUUAUGAGCUUAUGGAGAGAGCGCAGAGUAACCGCUCCGCCGCCUCCUCCGGUACUUUUCCCGUGUGGGGCGGUCCGGUCACGAGCCAAGCGGUCGGGGUCCAAGACGCUGCGGUCGGGUCAGAGGUCGCGUCUAACCCGCCCAGAUCAUCUGAGAUACUGGAGAUCAAAACGGAGGUCAUGAGCUCGGAUGAUGAAGCGGCGGGCCCGCCCGAGAUGUUGUACGAGUUCGGACCUGUUGACGAUGAUGAUGAGGCCAAUGCUGAACACAAACAAGCCGGUCAGAACCAACAGGACCAGGACAUGGAUGGAGAGCAGGGAAACACGCACGUUGUGUGUUCCCCAUCAGAUUUUAGUGACCAGAAUAUGACUGGCUCAUCCGGUGCUGGUGUAUCCCCGGCAACUGCUCCCAUGGCGAUCAGAGAUGGAGGUAGCCAUGGCGACCAAGAAGGCCACAGAAGUUCCGGAUCGUUCCAUCAAAGAAAGCGUCGCAGGGUGGGACGAGGCGGCGACGGGGCGUUGUCGAACGCACUGGCCGGGUAUCUGACCUGGCAAAAGACAGCAGAGGAGCGCUUCCUCGCUCUGGAGGAGGCACGGUUGCGUCAGGAGGAGCGGGCUGAGGAGCGCAGGGAACAGCAGGAGGAGAGACGAGCAAAGGAGGAGCGAGAACACGAAUUUCGUAUGAUGUCCAUGUUGAGCAGAGUUCUGGACCCUCGUGCGACGGAGGACCAGGGAGCCUCCACCAGCAAGGCAUCAAACCCUCUACUUGCACCCAGCUUGUUACAGACCAUGCUACCACAGCUGGCAUUCGACAGUGCCAAAACACCAGCUGUGCCCAGCGUGAUUUGGGGCGGUCAGACACCCCAGAACAGUCCAUACCUGUCUCGCCGUGGCAACAGCAUGCGGUUGCAAAAGGGUAUCUUGCAGGAAGGCUACGACCAGUAUCAUGCAGACAAAUACGACGGGAACACAAACCCUAAUGGCAUUAUCAACAUGGGAACAAGCGAAAACAAGCUGUGCUUUGACCUUCUACAGAAACGGCUGACCCGACCCGAUAUGCUUCACAUUGAGCCUGCUUUCUUAGAAUAUCCCAACUGGAAAGGCCACAGUUUCCUAAGAGAGGAAGUUGCUAAGUUCCUGUCUGAUUAUAGCUGUUCUCCAAAUCCUCUGAAAGCAGAAAAUGUUGUUGUUAUGAAUGGUUGUGGGUCUGUUUUCUCGGCUCUGGCAGCUGUGCUCUGCGACCCAGAAGAUUGCAUUCUCAUUCCUUCCCCAUUCUAUGGAGUCAUAACAGAGGACGUGGGAAUGUACAGCAGUGUCAAACUCCGGCAUGUGCCACUUGACAGUCAGCCCACAGGAAAUGAUAUCAGACCCUUUCAGCUAACUGUCGAUAAACUGGAAAACUCUCUCGAAGAGGCGAAGAAUGAGGGAUUAAAUGUGAAAGCGCUUAUAUUACUAAACCCCCAAAAUCCAUUGGGAGAAAUGUAUUCCUCUGAAGAAAUGACCAGCUUUCUCAAAUUUGCCAAAAUGCAUGAACUUCACGUGAUUGUGGAUGAGAUUUACAUGCUUUCUGUGUUCAACGAAUCGGACGCGUUUUGCAGUGUUCUCAGUUUGAACGGGUUGCCAGAUCCACAAAGAACCCACGUUUUGUGGGGUGUCAGUAAGGACUUCGCUAUGGGAGGGGUGCGGGUAGGUGUGGUCUACUCUGAAAACGAAGAUCUGGUUCAGGCUUUGGAUCAUCUGGGUUGUUUUCAUGGGGUCCCAGGACCCACACAGUACCAGGUGACCCAGCUGCUCAGAGAUAGAGACUGGCUGAACAAAGAGUUUCUCCCGGAGAACAGACGCAGACUGCAAGAGACUCACAGCUACCUGACAGAAGAGCUAAAAAAGUUGGGAAUUCCUUUCCUGAACAGGAAUGCUGGCUUUUUUAUCUGGGCUGAUUUCAGCAAGUAUCUGAAAGAGAUGACAUUUGAAGAGGAGCUGUCUUUGUGGAGGUAUUUCAUCAGACACAAGGUUGUCAUCAGCUGCGGUCAGGCCUUUAGCUGCGUGUCACCAGGCUGGUUUCGGAUCGUCUUCAGUGAUCAACAGCACAAACUGAAGCUAGGUAUUCAGAGGAUCAAAAAGGCGUUGGAUGAACUUCGUGGCUCCACCUCACGUGAGAUGACGGGACACAGACAAAAUGACACAAAUGGGUCAGUGAGACGGGAGGAAAUUAAAAACAUUAAACAUGAAUCCAAAGACACGUCAGUCGAAUCUGUAUCUACCCAAAGCCAACAGCCAAUCGUCAGGGGGUGCGUAAAAACAGAGCCUGUUUCAUUGGCUGACAAGGACUUUGUAUUUCUAAACGGCCAAUCCUCUAUCGGCUCGGAGAGUCUGGGCUCUCUGAUCGGUACUCUUCGCCAGCAGAUCCACGCGUCUGAUUGGCUGGAGAAAAACAAGCCUGAACUAGCAGCUGGAGACGACCCAACGCAAUUGGAUGUUUUUAUAGAUCUGUUAAAUAAAGCCAAAAAGUAAUGUAAACAAGCAGUUGGUACAGCACAAUUGUUAAUCUGACUACUUUAAUGAAUCUUGAGCUCUGUUCCAGAAAAGACAAUCAAGAUUGUGAAAUGGAUCGUGUUGAAUCACCACAGCAGUAUAUGAAAGUGUUGUUUUUGUCAGAAGUUGUGUUUUAAGAUGGCUCUCACUUUAAUUCGAGAUUGAUCGUUUAACACUCUUAUGUAAGAUUAUUCUUUAAUUUGAUUUAAAGCCGUCAUAAAAUGAACAAUCAUAAUAAUUUGUUUUGUAUUUAAAAUGUCCUCCUCAGUAAGGUCCAAAAAAAAGUUUUCUAACGUCAAAUACAGAUUUAUUCAUAUUGCCAAA